AUGUGUGAUGCGGGAAAACUUGUGACUGCAAAAGAACUCUUUUGUAGUCUUUCUACCAAAGGGUUGCAACCUGAUGCUCUCACUUACACUGUAAUGUUCAGAGGACUAUGCAAAGAGGGUCUAAUAAAUGAAGCCUGCGAGCUGUUUGAGAAAAUGGAUGGGAAGGGUUGCUUGCCUGACAAUGUCUCAUAUAACACAAUUAUCCAAGGAUUACUGCAACGUGAUGAGCAAUCAAGGGCAGUAGAAUAUAUUAAAAUAAUGGUUGACAAGGGUUUCUCUGCAGAUGCAACAACUGCAACCAUGGUGAUUGACUUGUUGUGUGCUAAUAAAGCUGAGAAGGCAAUUAGAGAGUGGUUUGAGAAGCUUUUGUAA